AAUUUUAUAAUGGUUCCUGCAAAAAAAAUUAUAUUUUAUCUAAUGAUCCUAAUGUUUGAGAAAAUUAUAAAAAUAAUCAUUUUUAGAAAACUACAGAAAUAAUCACAAAAAAAUUAUGGGUUCUUAUAUAAGGCCUUCCUGAGUACUCUCCAUGGAGAUUUUCAUUCUCCACUUGACGCGUGAACACCACCCCAGUGUCUCCUUCUUCGUAGUUGUCUCGAGGAUUGUUGUGGGGAGGACGAUUGACACGACCAAUAAUCUUCUUCUUUUCUCUUGGUUUUUUUCUCUUCUUUCUCUCUUCUAGGGGUACUGGGGUAGUGGAGAGUAUUCCAGUGGUUUGUGGCGGUUUGUUUUGGUUUGUGGUGGCUGACUUGGAAGCUUUGAACGACCUUUGGUUUGAAGAGUAUUCAUGAUUGCCAAAUAGCGAUAAAGUCACAGAAAGAGAUGUCUUACGAAAUAGUGAGCUAUAUGGUAUCAAAAUUAUAUAAAUAAUGCUAUAUGAGACAAAAUCCCACUGGUUAGUGCAGAAACAUGGGUCAAGAAAAACCUUGGUUAACAACGUCACAUUUUAUCUCACAGGCUCAUACCCUUCGUUACCAGAAUACCAGUUCUUCAUCACUUCUCCGGUGACCACCCUUCAUAUCCGGCGCCCUUCCACCCUCUGCCGAAAAGCCACACCCUGGUUAUUCGGUUUGCUUAUCAGUUAACCCCACAUCUCCCCUCUCUCCCAGCGUCACCCCCGGUGGCCGUUCAUCGUCGCUGCAGUUCAUUACUUUAUGUUAAACUGGCUUCAUCAAGGUGGAAUUAUGAUACAAGUUUCCAUGAAAGAAGGGCAUUGGUCCUAACUGGUCUUUUCGGGUAUUCUAACAAAGAUAGCACUAUUAUAUACAUUAGAUCAAUUGCUUAAGGGCAUCCUAUGAAUGAUUCCUCUUCUCCAAACUUCCUCUGCUCAUACAUUUGGCUACAAAAUCUUCAUUGUCAACUAUUCUUCAAUAUUAGUUGUUUCUUGAUGAUAUAGCUUUUGAUUGAACGUUUAUUUAGUUCAGCCUCAAUCAAUUGGAGGCAUAAUAAAUUCCUGAUGAUGCUUUCCCUUGAAGGAGAAUUUUGUAGUAAUAGAUUAUUGCUCGUGAAACAUCUUUUGUUUUCUGGGGACCCAUGUGAGGAUAACCAAAUUUUGAAUGGAUUGUAAUUCUAUAGAAGGAGAUUAUUGUUGUAGUUAUAGAUUCAUGUUUAUAUAUGCGUAGGCAAUUCAUCUUUUUAACUCUUCAGUUGAUAUGAAUUUUCAUUGUUUUAAUAGAAGGUGUUUUGUGAAAAUUGUUUGUUGAAUGUAAGGAUAGAGUGGUCAUUUAUAUAGGCUCGUUCAACGUCAUUACACAGGCCCAGCUCAAAACCCUGGGCCUAAACACCGGCCCAAGCUCUAAUAGUCUGUGGAUAAAUUAUUCCUCCAGAGGCAGAGCAUCUCGAUUUUACUGGUCUUUGAUGUUAACUUUUAUUCAACUUCUGCUCGUCCAUAAUCGUGAUUUCCAUCAAUUGAAAAUCUAUGAAUUUUAAUCAUUUUAAAUGUCUUCAAUUUUAUGUGUCAAUCAAACCUUGAUCUUGUGCCCUCACUGAAACUUGAUUUUUCAAUAUUAUAAUUUCUGAUUUCUUAGGUUUUAUGUUCCCAUUAGGUUUGGUUCUAUAUUGCUUGUUUUUUUCAUUCAUUUUGGGUUUUAGUAGUUUAGGCUGGACAUGGGCUUCUAUACAACUCCAUAUAUGAUACUAAUGAAGUAGUUAUUAUGUAUUAUGCUAUUAGCUUAUGGUCCUGAUUUUCUGCAUUGGAUUAUCCAUGGUUUGUUUGAAUUUUGGUAAGGUUUUGAUUACAAGAAGCAUUGAUAUAGGAAAAAGCGUUUUUUCUGGAGUAGGUGUAACCCUUUAUGUUCAUCAAGAACAUUUUUACCAUGUGGCUUAUCUACAAUUUCCAAGUACUAUAAAGAAGUUCUAAUGUCAUUUUGGACAUUCUAAAUAUUCAUAGGCAUAAUUAGAUUAUAUAACCUUUAUAAAUGUCCGUGUCUGUACUUGUGUGAAUGCUUGUCCCUUGUUUAUAACUAUUUUCUCUUCUGGAAUUUACAUUUACGAAGGUUGUGAAUUUAUUUAUUAUUAUUAUUAUUAUUUUUUGCAAAUGUAGGAAUGGUAAAAGACUGGAGUAUGACUAGAAACCAGAAUCGUGAUAGUUUGAUACAACUAGAAAAAUUCCUGACAACAGUGGUGUGGUGCCUUGGUCAGAUCUUAACCAUGAUGUGCAUCAUCAUCUAGUUGGAUUUGUUGAUUUUAUUUCAUUCAGCAGAGUUUGCAAGUCAUGGAGGUCAUUGCACUAUAUAACAGGAAAAGGAAGCAAGCAUUCUAUGGCACUUUACCUCGAUGGAGUGCUUAUGCUAUUUGUUAAUUCAUGCAAUGAAUCCCAUCGUUUACAAGGUAAGUUUCUUUAUCAUGUAUGGUUGACUAAUUAUUUCGAUCCUGAUUUUCCAGUUACAAUCAAGCCAUCUAAUAUUUCAUAUUGCAUAUCAUGUACUUGGGUUCCAAAACCAUUUUGCCUUUAUUUUUUUUUUGAGUUGAAUAGAUGGUUAAUCAAGGGGUAUGGAGGAAGUCAUUCAUACUAUAUUAGAAAAUAUUGUUUGAGGAGCUGUUGUAAAUACAUUUUUUGUAUGUCUAUUUAUUAUGGAUGAUGAAGUUUCUUAGUAUACAAAUGCAUUCCAGAAAUUAUAUGCUCUAAUACAGCAUUGAAUGAUGGGCGCAAGCUCGAUGAUCACAUGUGAAGUCACGUGCAUUCACCGCGUCUUGUUAAGGGGAAUGGCCAAGAAAAGGAAUAUGACCAGAAACCAGAAUUGUGAUGGUUCAUCAUCAUCUAGCUGGAAGAGAUUCAACGAUGGUGUGGCACCUUGGUCAGAUCUUGACCAUAAUUUGCUUUUUUUAGUUAUGAUGCAACUGGGAGUAAUUGAUUUUCUAGCAUUCAGUGGUGUGUGUAAGAAAUGGAGGUCACUCGCACUCGGUAAUAAGAAGAUUUUUAUGGCAUCCAGACCACCGAUGUUGAUGUCCAUCUCAGAUCCUUCUUAUAAGAAGAAAGAGUGCAAGUGCUGUCUUGAGGACUUUGAAGGUAGAAAGUUCAAAACCAUCCUUCCCCAUGCUGCUGGCAGGAUCUGUGUUGGAUUAACUUGUGGUUACCUCAUCUUGUUCGGGGGGGAAACCAAAGACUUCUGGCUUGUAAAUCUUAUCACAAGGCACGAGCUUCAUUUCCCUUGUUUCCCCUAUAAUGCAAGUAGUGAUGUAGCAAGGAUCAGAGGUAUCCUUGUCUUUUCACCUUCAGUAUCUGGUUGGGUGUUUGUGGUGCUUCGUAAAUUCUCCCGUCAAAUUUGGUUUUCUAUAGCGGGUACACGAGCAUGGAAUCGUAUCUCCUCCACUUCCCUCGCGAUUGAUUUACAUGCUUUCAAGGGGAAGAUAUAUACCGUAAACAUCCGCUGUCGUUUAUGUGAAAUGAGACUCACUCCAGAGCCCAAAUUGACUUUACUCCAAACCAAGAAUCUUCCACAGCCAGGCUUCUUAUUUCCGGAGUUUGUAAAUUUGGGUGAAAAACUUUAUGUGAUCGACCGUGGGUUAAAAGAUUCAUACACGGUUCACGAACUAGAUUUUGAGGAAAUGAAGUGGGUGUCGUCGGAAAUUUCAGAGUUGGGGGUUGAUCAUCGCGCACUCUAUAAGAGAGAUGGUUACUUCCUUGGCACCGUUGAUACAAGUCGAAAACGCAGGUGCCUUCCUUCAUACAUCUGGUACUUCCCCAAUGAUUGUUUGAAUGUGAAUCGCUUAGAUGAAUGAUGACUUGGAUAGGAUGCACUCUUAUCUUGGUUUUUAUCUUUGCAUAUGUUCAACAUUUUCAAGAUGUUUCAUCCAUGGAUUUGGAUUUUCAAUUUAUUGUUCAAAGAUUUUGGUUGUCGCUCAACCCUUGCUUUUAGCUAUAAAUGUCCUUUAUUUACAAUUUGGUGUCCUUUACUUUCAAAUAUGUGCCUACUGCAUUCACAUUGGCACAUGCUGUUACUAUAGUUGUUAAAACGUCGAUACAAUAAAAAGUCCUUUGGGUUUGUGA